CCACCACCAAAAGACAUCAAAAUUGACUCACCUAACUUACAGUUUAUAUAUACUCUUCACAAUCUUCAAUUUCCCCAAUUUCAUAUUUUCUUAAUUUCACUUUCAGAUUGCAGAUCUUUUCGUCUUAAAGAAUAGACAUGGCUGAUCAACAGAAGCUAACAAGAAUCGGGCUUGCUGGUCUCGCUGUUAUGGGCCAAAACCUGGCCUUAAACAUUGCCGAAAAAGGGUUCCCCAUUUCCGUUUACAAUCGUAGCACCUCCAAAGUCGAUGAAACCGUUGAACGAGCUCAAAAGGAAGGAAACCUCCCGGUUUUCGGCUUCCACGAUCCCGAAUCAUUCGUUAACUCAAUCCAAAAACCGCGGGUGAUCAUCAUGCUGGUCAAAGCUGGAGCACCCGUUGACCAAACAAUCAAAACAUUAUCUCAAUACAUGGAGAAAGGUGAUUGCAUCAUCGACGGUGGUAACGAGUGGUACGAAAACACCGAAAGGAGAGAAAAAGCCAUGGCGGAACUCGGUCUGUUAUAUCUCGGAAUGGGUGUUUCCGGUGGGGAAGAAGGUGCGAGAAACGGACCGUCUAUGAUGCCCGGUGGGUCCGUUGAAGCUUACAAGUACAUUGAAGACAUUGUUCUCAAGGUAGCCGCUCAAGUACCUGACAGCGGCCCGUGUGUGACGUACAUCGGUGAAGGCGGUUCAGGCAACUUCGUGAAAAUGGUUCAUAACGGAAUCGAAUAUGGUGACAUGCAACUAAUUUCCGAAGCUUACGACGUACUUAAAUCUGUCGGGAAACUCUCGAACGAGGAGUUACACGAUGUAUUCUCGGAAUGGAACAAAGGCGAGCUUCAAAGCUUUUUGAUCGAAAUCACUGCGGACAUAUUCGGCAUCAAGGAUGAUAAGGGCGACGGUUAUUUGGUCGACAAGGUGUUAGAUAAAACUGGCAUGAAAGGUACGGGUAAAUGGACGGUCCAACAAGCUGCUGACCUGUCGAUCGCUGCACCCACGAUCGCAGCGUCUUUAGAUUCACGUUUUCUCAGCGGUUUAAAGGACGAACGUGUAGAAGCUGCGAAGGUAUUCAAAUCAGGCGGGUUCGACGACAUCUUAGUAAAUGAAAAGGUGGAGAAAGACAAACUAAUCAACGAUGUACGACAAGCUCUAUACGCAGCAAAAAUAUGCAGUUACGCACAAGGGAUGAACCUGAUCCGUGCGAAGAGCAAUGAAAAGGGAUGGAACCUGAAGCUCGGUGAGCUGGCGAGAAUCUGGAAAGGUGGGUGCAUCAUUCGAGCCAUAUUCCUGGACCGCAUCAAGCAGGCGUAUGACCGGAACCCAGAACUGGCUAACCUUUUGGUGGACCCGGAGUUCGCUAAAGAAAUGAUCGAGCGUCAGUCUGCGUGGAGAAGAGUUGUGUGUUUGGCUAUUAAUUCAGGUAUUAGCACUCCGGGUAUGUCGUCUAGCCUUGCGUAUUUCGACACUUAUAGGAGAGAGAGGUUGCCGGCUAAUUUGGUUCAAGCUCAACGAGACUACUUUGGUGCGCAUACUUAUGAGAGGACCGAUAUCCCUGGCUCGUUUCACACCGAGUGGUUCAAACUUGCCAAACAGAUAAAAAACUAGCCUGUUCUGGUCCGUUUCGAGUUCGAACUAUAAUAAACCUUGUUUUGUCUCAUAUGUUGGAUCAUGGUUGAUGUUUGGUGUUUUGUUGUAUUGUUUCGUGUCGAAUUAUAAUAAUUUUGAUCAUAUUAUUAAUUAAAUCGAUUCAGAAUGAAGAUCAAAAUUACCUUGAA